AUGGACUUCUUCUACCUGGGUCUCGUGGUUUCGCUCGUGGGAUUCAGCCCUGCUGUAGAGGCAAAGGCCCAUUUCAAUCAGCAUCUGCAGCCCCUCGAGUUUCCACAACCUCGCAGACUGUCUGCUGCGAGUUCACCGGCCCGUAUACAAGCGAGGGCGGAUUCUCCACAGUCUGUGCUGAGCAACACUGCGAGCUUCGACUACCUGCACGAUGGUGAAGAGAGCGAUUCUGAGUCUGUCUUUGCAGCGACGGUAGAUGUAGCGUCGCACUGGCCAAUUUUCCUCCUAGAGGACGUCGACGCACACAUGGAGGAUGUAUCCUGCUCGGAGUCCCAAAUCCAGCUGGUGUUUGAAUCGAUGGACACCAUGCACAAUGUGAGAAGACAGGUCGAAUCCAUCGGCGACUUUGUCAUUGUCACCACGCACAGCGGUUGUGACCCGGAGGGAGAGAGAUCUGCGCAUCGGGUUACCAAAGCCACCUUCGACCCGGAUCGCCAACUGGCAACAUUAGAGAAGACGCGGUACACCUGGCAAGAAGCUUUCCACUCCACCGAGGUGUCAUUCUCUCGCAGACACCACUCGUCGAUCCGAAAACGCUCGCAUACUCUCGCCAAGCGACAGGAACCACAUCCGACUACGACCAGCAGUCAUUCCGCGACGGACGCUGAAUUCACGCCGACCAUCUCCUUCCCAAGUGUCACCGCCACAACCCCGUUGGCAUCGACAGCAACAAAGUCUCUCAAUGAGCACUACAAUGAUCGGCAAAUUUGGCCUCCCGAUCUUCCCGGUGCGGAUCUAAUCGGACCAGAAGGCGUGACGGUGUCCUGCAAAACAUGCUCCCUCGAAGGGGAGAUCGAGAUCACCAAAGGGUCAUUCCGGGUUUCGGACUCAAAUGAUCUCUCGGAUAUGAGUGACACCAUUGCUUUUCUCGACCAUGGAAGUAUCGAGAUCGUGGCAAAGAAGCUCGCUGCGCAGGUCCAGCUUGGCUUGGACUUUGUCUUGAGCCAGCCGCUGAUAUCGUUGAAUAUGACGCUUCCUACGAUUCCGCUCACUCCGUUUGAGAUCCCCGGUGCUUUGGCAUUUGGGCCGUUGAUCGAACCCCACUUGUCGUUCAGCGUGAGCGCUGUGGAAGAGAUAGGCUUUUCGUUUGGCUUCAAUGUUUCGGUCCCCGACAACUCCAACAUCAUGAUCAACAUGACUGAUUUCUCCAACUCCUCCAUUUCCGGCUUCGACGAAACCACCUUCCACACACUCCCCUUCGAAUCCACCUUACCACUCGUAUCCCUAAUAACAAGCGCUUCCUUCACCCCACAAAUCCUCCUCGGAAUCAGCACUGCCAAAGGCCUCGUAUCCGGCGGAAUCGGGGCUUUCUUGGAGCUCCCAAAGCUCGCCCUAAACAUCACGCAACUAAGCGACGUCGACGAGAAAUGCGAACCAUCGUCCGAAGACACCAAGUCUUCUCUCGACGAUCUAUUUGGCAACUUAACCAAUUUCAUCCCUUCGGUGGAUGUGAACAUGGGCGUGCUGGCGGACUUUGGAAUCGACAUGGGAAAGGAGCCCCAGAGCACGGCUGUUCAAACGGUCGUUGCGUCUACGGGCUAUCCGCUUCCAACUCAGUGCUUGAAGUUUGAUCCGGAUGAAAAGACGUUUGCCGUUCCUACGCCUUUGGCUAAGGUUGCUAGUGGGAAGGCGGCUGAUGGGGACAAGGGGGAGAAGGGUGGCGUGGGGAGGGUUGGGCCGAGGAUGGUGUCGGUGUGGGCAUUCGGUUCCUUUGUUCUUGGACUAUGUUUCUUCUAG